GAAGGGACUAUUAGAACCACAGGUGAUUCUUCCUCUAAUCUCUUUGGAAUUGCAAUGCCAAGAAGCUCAAUUAAUCUUUCAACUCUGGAUAGAGCUACAGUUGAUUCAGUGUUAAUUAAACUAUGUCGACCAUGGCUUCUCUGUGUUGCUCAUCACCAGCAUUGCACAGAAAUGGAAACAUUAGAAUUACAGCCAUGGCUAAGCAAACCCCAUUAGCUUUCUGCUCUUUACUGAAGAUCAGUCAGAAGAAUAACAGGAUUUAUGACAUUUUUCAUCCAUUGUUGAGCAACAGUAGUAAUUCAACCAGUUUGAUUGCUAAAGCUUCUGAAACGGAAACUGAGACCUCGAAUUCAGAAGAGGAAAAAUAUGAAGAGUAUGAGGUUGAAAUUGUGCAGCCGUACGGAUUGAAAUUUGCCAAGGGCAGAGAUGGUGGGACUUACAUUGAUGCCAUUGCACCUGGUGGUUCAGCUGAUCAAACUGGGAAGUUCACUGUUGGGGAUAAAGUGCUUGCCACAAGUGCAGUUUUUGGGGAGGAAAUAUGGCCUGCAGCUGAAUACGGACGAACCAUGUACACCAUUCGACAAAGAAUUGGUCCGCUACUCAUGAAAAUGCAGAAGAGAUACGGAAAGGUGGAUACUGGUGGCGAGUUGACUGAAAAGGAAAUUAUCAGAAAUGAGAGGAACUCUGGUUUUAUCAGUAACAAAGUUAGAGAAAUUCAAAUGCAAAAUUACCUUAGGAAAAAAGAGCAGAAAGAGCAGAGAGAGAGAGACCUUCGAGAAGGAUUGCAGCUUUACAAGAAUGGCAAGUACGAAGAGGCACUGGAGAAAUUUGAGUCAGUUUUGGGAUCAAAACCAGAGCCAAAUGAAUCAGCUGUGGCGUGUUACAAUGUAGCAUGCUGUUAUUCGAAGCUUAAUCAGAUUCAAGCUAGUUUGUCUGCCCUAGAGGAUGCUCUGGAAGGUGGAUUUGAAGAUUUUAAGAGAAUCAGGACAGAUCCUGACCUUGCCAACAUAAGGGCAGCUGAGGAUUUCGAACCUCUUAUGAAGAAGUUUGAUGAAUCGUUUAUCAAUGAAAAUGCUAUCAAUGCUAUCAAAUCAAUAUUCGGCAUAUUUAACAAGCAAUAAAACCAGCAGUCUACACCAAUACAUUGGGGACGAGUGGGCUUAGUUUCCUAAUGAGCUUCCAACAGAAUUCAGAUGUUUGAGUGCCGAUCUCCUACUGGACCUGGCAUAAGGAGGUCCUCAUUGCUUGGCUUCGCUAUCGCUCCUAUGGUAUUUUGCGUAUUAGGAAUACUAGCUCAAGAUCAUUCUUGAAUGACACUACAUAUGAUCUUGGUUAGUGAUUGGUUGUUUCAAUUGUUUUAUAAUUUAGUCAAUCAUACGUGUAAUUACGUUUCACUUGAGGACUAAAAGAAGGUAGUGAGUUGUCAAUUUUAACCAUAAUCAUCUUGAAAAGAAUAAAAGUUUGAAUUUUAAUU